UACAAUAUUAGAGGCAGCCCCUGAAUGAGCUGGAAAUGAAGGAGAGUCAGGAGUGAGUACAUCAGCAGAGUAGGCUCGGUUAAUCGAUGAAGGUAAAGGGAGAGCUCCAUUAGCUGGGAAACGUCGAGGAUUUGGAUGAGAUGAGGAUGUAGUAUCAAGGGAAUACGUGGGCUGGUGCAAAAUUUGUGGAGGUGUUGUUGUAUUGGAUGCGCUCACGUGGGUCGGAGAUAUUCUGUUAUGCGAUUUGUUUGAAGCAGGUUGGGGAUUGGAUGGCCCAGCGUUAUGUGACGGAUCAGAUGCGGGGAAAUGAAAGUCAGUAGCCACAAUGGGCUUCUGGUCGUUGCGAUCCGACACGGAAACAUCCUGUACCUCUUCAUCCCCGCUAUCUGCAAUCUUGGAAGAUAGCUUGGACUUCGCAAAUGUACGCGGAGUCGCCUUUGGCGGACCGGUGCUCCCUAUAUGCGGAGAGGGGAACUGAAACUCUGCUGCAGAGGUGAUAUGAUGAGGCUCGCUCUGUCCCACAAAAGGAGUGCGUCUGUCAUCUUCAUCUUCAGCGUCGGUAUUAGCAUUACUGGUGGACAUUUUAGACUUGGCACGGACACUUGUCGUCCUAGGUGGGAAGGCGAAGUUAUUGUAGUUAGCCCUUUGUGUAUCGUUAGUAUCUUCUGGAGUGUGCGCCUUCCUAGUUGCGCUGCGGUCCCUCGCGGGCGAUGGAGAUGAUGGUGGGGGUAUAGGAGAUGGACUAGGACUCGGAGCAUUCAUAAGCGACGGAGAAGACAUGUUUGGAAGCCGAAAUAAUUCAGGCGGUGAUAUGGCUUCGUCCUCAUUGAACAAACCACGGAGAGAGCUGGGCAACCUUGUAGCAGCAGGGGGACGAACAGUUGUACUGGAGUAAGGGGGUUCAUCUUCUGGAACUAUUAUGUCUUGACUUGAUGAAUCGUCCUCCAUGCUAAAAGUCA